GGGGGGCGCAGCGUGGAGGAGGCGGUGCCUAAGGGCGAAGCCUCAGAGGAAGUUGACUGUGAGGAGGAGGUUCCUGUAGGGGAGGAGCCUGAACUUGAGGUUUAGAAAAAAAUAUCCGUUAUUCAAGUGGUGGCUACAGUUCCACACUGGUUUUUGGCUGCCAUGAAUCGAAGGAGAACCACUAACAGAGGGACCUCUCCUACCACGAAGAUAAGUCAUCAGCCUCCAAGGCUUCUCAUUGUGCAUAUUGCUGUACCUUCCUGGGCCAACAUCUGCCCCAACCUCUGUGAGGCCUUACAGAACUUUUUCUCCAUAGCCUGCAGUUUGAUGGGCCCCAGCCGCAUGUCUCUGUUCAGCUUGUACACAGUACAAAACCAACACGAGUGUAUCCUCCCAUUUGUGCAAGUGAGAGGGAAUUUCGUUAGGCUGCAGGCCUGCAUCUCAGAGCUGCGCAUGUUAGAGGUGGAAGGUUGUUACAGACCACAUCAUACCUUACUGCCGCUGGCUGUAGAGGAUGGGCUCCAACAGUUCAAACAACUGAGCAGAUACAUGGCCACAAGUGCUGCUCAGCCCUGCACUUCCCUGGAGAUUACUAUCCUGACUUCUCAGCCUGGAAAAGAAGUGAUCAGACACCUGGAGGAAGGGCUGAAAGACAUAAACCUGCUUAGUGUCAGAAGGCUGCAAGUGGUGGAGAUCACGAGAGACAUCCAAGAGCAUAUGGACUCACCGUCCCCCAUUGAAGAACCCAGCAGUGGUGAGAGUGCUAUCCUGGAAGCUGACAUUGUCCUUCAGAGUCUCGACAACGAUGUUGUCAGCAUGGAGAUCUUCUUCAAAGCCUGGCUGCAUAAUAGUGAAACCGACCGAGAACACAUCCAUCUUCUUCUUGCUCCACAGACCCUUCCUCCUUCUUCCAGGGCAAGAGAUAAUCCAAUAUGCCUGAAAUGUGACCUCCAAGAGCGAUUUCUCAGCCCGUCCCUGCUUCCUGGGACGGCCGAUGGCCUGUUGAGAAUAGAUGACCCCAAAGGAGACAUCAGCACACUCUACCAGAUGGCCUCCCUGUCGUCAGACUCUCCGUACAAGCUGCAAGUGAUCAAGGCUCUUAAAUCCAGUGCGAUCUGUGAGUCCCUGACCUAUGGACUCCCCUUCAUCCUCAGACCCACAAGCUGUUGGAAGCUGGACUGGGAUGAGUUGGAAACAAACCAGCAACAUUUCCAUGCUCUGUGUCACUGCCUGCUGAAAAGAGACUGGCUGCUGUUGGCCAGAGGGGAGCCCCAGAUCGCCAGACACAGCCAGAAUGUUCCCGCCAGCAGCUUCUACGUGAUCACACCAUCUCAGUCUCUCACACUGCUGGCGAAGUUGGUGGCCACGAGAGAGCUGGUGCUGCCUGGCUUCUUCCCCCUGCUCUCUGAGGACCCACCUGAAGACAGCCUAAAGAUGAUAGAGAGCACACUAGACAGCCUGGAGCUGGGGCCCACCUACAACCCCCUGCAAGUAGAGAGCCACCUGUACGCACAUCUGAGGAGCACCUAUGCCAAGCCUCAGGGGCGCCUCGGCACAAGCUGGGAGAGCCGGGGCCUUAGAAAGCACCAGCAAGGGGAGCGUCACAGAGGACAGGCUGGACAGUUGCAGACCAACAGAGUCCGAGCCACAGUGGUCCCCCUGCCCAUGGCUCCAGCCCCAGCUAGAGCUCCCAAGACGUCAGCAGCCAGCAAAGCUUCCUCAGGAACCUUCCUGCCCUCUGAUUCAGAGGAAGAGUAUCUUUCUUAGACCUAAGUCCCCAGCGCCAGGAUACAGCCAUUCCACACAGGAUGGCUGCCUGAGGGCAGAUCUACCUGCUCUCAACCUGUGCCUGGUGAGCCCAGGCUCUCCCACCUCGGUCCUCAGGGCUGCCCUUGCCCAACCCAGGGCUGAAAGCAACACACCCAGGCCUGUCUUUUGUGCAGCAGGGAUUUUCUUUCUCAUUUGGAUCAUCUGAUAGUGUUGACACAAAUAAUUAAAUGCCCAGUA